GUUUUCGAUUCAUUUGUAAGGUAUUUGGAUCAUUAUCCCGUAGAGCAGGAUUGUGGCUGGCGAGUUGUAACCGCCUGACAUUUCGUCUCAUCGUUUCAAGCCUGAAACUGUCACCAGAAGGGGGAGGCCAGAACGGAACGGCCCCGCAUUUCCCUUUUUUUUCCAGCGCUGUCGCAUCUGAAACUCUUGGUGGCUUUUUCUGGUGGUCGGGUUGCCCUUUGGCGCCGGCGUAACCGUUCGUGUUGCCGUUGUCGCCUGACGCUUCAUUCUCUUUUCCUCUCCUUCGCGUUGUCUUGGUGUCUUGGGUUUCGUUCGUGUGUCUUGUCUGGACCGGUCCAUUCGCUUCUCUCCCUCCCUCUCCCUUCUUCUCUUCUUUUGACGUUAGGUGAUUGAUCACCCGUCUCUAUCUACCGGUAUACCGUACACACGUUCUUUUUGAUACUACAGCCUGGAGCUGCUUUUUUUUUUGCGAAUACCCGCUCAUUAAUCUACGUUUACCUAAUUCGAUACAUACAUACAAAUACUUCGACGAAAAAAGAGACAAAAUGAAGUUCAUCGCUGUUGUCAUGUCGUUUUGCGUCUCCCUCGCCAGCGCGGGAGUGGUUAUCAUCCCCAUCAAGCCGGAGCAGGUCGUUCCCAAGGCGUCGGAGGAUUGUUACUUUGGGGUUGUAACGCCUAUGGGGUGCGGGACCUCUCAGGAACAACUAGAUAAUAUCACCUCUCGGCACAAACAUGAUGUGAUUGGGGACAUGCUCUAGCCCAACGAUGGAACUGGACAAUCGAUGGGAGCAAGCGCCUGCGGUGUGAAUAGAGGAGAGUUUGUUGGACUUGCACGGGAUGGCUGGCUUGGGGGCUGCUCAACUGGGUCGCGGAGCAACCUGUUGAACUUCAGAUGGAAUCGACGUCGGAUAGUUUCUCGCCAACCGACAGGACUAUGAGAAGGAGCCGGGGAAUGCACGAGUUCAAUCAGCAAAGAAGGCCGAUAUGCUUGUAGAGCAGCAGUGUCUAAUGUAUGCAUCCUGCGGUUUACAUCGUUGGUCUGCUUAGAUAUCUGGGCUUUUACUAUGUUUGGGGAGGAGGGGGUUUAUGUG